ACUUACGCGGAGCCGUAGCCUGCGUUACGCCGGGCUCCCCAGCCGCGGCUCGGCCCGUGUCCGCGCUGCGCCGCGGGGCCAUGGCCGGGCCCCAGGUGCUGAAGCACCGGCGCACCACGCUGGAGCGGGCCGAGAAGUUCCUCUCCGAGCACGGCUUCCCCGACUGCAACCUCCGGGGCAGGCUGUUUGGGGACACCUGCCCCCUGGUGUCUCUCUCCUGCUUCCAGACCCCUCAGCGAAUCCCACAUGAUGAAGCUGUCAGACAAGAAUUCAGACCUGCGAAAGUUGGGGAUUCCUUUGGACCCACGUGGUGGACCUGCUGGUUUAAAGUGGAGCUUAGCAUCCCCAGAGCAUGGGCGGGGAAGGAAGUGCAUCUCCUGUGGGAAAGCGAUGGGGAGGGGAUGGUGUGGAGGGAUGCGCAGCCGGUCCAGACACAGGGUUUGACUAAAGAAGGGGAGAAGACCAGCUACAUCCUGACAGAAGGCCUCGAGGAGGCGGAGCCUCACAGCCUGACUGUCUAUGUGGAAGUUGCUUGCAAUGGUCUCUUUGGGGCUGGAAAAGGCAGCCUGAUUGCACCUCCUGACCCUGACAAGAAGUUCACCCUGAACAAGGCGGAGCUUGUGGUCUUCAACAGGGAUGUCCAUGAGCUGCUGGUAGAUUUUGAGAUACUAGUGGACAUGGCCAAGCUCCUCGGGGAGGAAAACCAGCGGAGCUUCCAGACCCUGUACGUGGCCAAUCAGAUGGUUAACCUGCUUGACGUCACUGACCCCUCUACCUUCCCUGCAGUGCGUCAGCUCGCCUCUUCCGUCUUCAGCCAGAAAAAUGGAGAGAGCCAGCACACUAUCCACGCUAUGGGCCACUGCCACAUCGAUUCUGCCUGGCUGUGGCCAUACGAGGAGUCUAUCCGCAAGUGUGCUCGCAGCUGGGUGACUGUCAUACGCCUGAUGGAGAAGAACCCGGAGUUCACGUUUGUCUGCUCACAGGCCCAGCAGUUUGAGUGGGUGAGGAACUGGUAUCCUGGGCUGUACGCUCAGAUUCAGGACUAUGCCAAAGAGGGACGGUUCAUACCUGUUGGUGGCACUUGGGUAGAAAUGGACGGGAAUCUUCCCAGUGGUGAAUCAAUGGUGCGUCAGUUCCUGCAGGGACAGCGUUUUUUCCAGCAGCAGUUUGGGAGGCUCUGCUCAGAGUUCUGGUUGCCAGACACUUUUGGAUACUCGGCCCAGCUGCCCCAGUUGAUGCGUGGUUGUGGGAUACAAUGGUUCCUCACUCAGAAACUCAGCUGGAGCCUGGUGAACACCUUCCCGCACAGUACCUUUUUCUGGGAAGGCAUCGACGGCUCCCAAGUUGUGACCCAUUUCCCGCCUGGCAAUUCCUAUGAGCUAAAAGGUCGAGUGGAGGAGAUGCUGAAAACCAUGAACAACAACAGAGACAAAGGCCGUGUGAACCACAGCGCCGCUCUCUUUGGGUUUGGAGAUGGAGGAGGUGGCCCGACCCAGAAGAUGCUGGACAGACUGAAGAGAAUGAGAGACACAGAUGGGCUACCCAGGGUUCAGAUGUCCACACCUGACCGGUUUUUCUCUAUGCUGGAGAAGGAGAAGACCCAGCUGUUCACCUGGAUAGGAGAACUGUUCCUGGAGCUGCACAACGGCACUUAUACCACUCAGGCCCAGAUAAAGAAAGGGAAUCGGGAGUGCGAGCGGAUACUCCAUGAUGCUGAAGUACUGAGCAGUUUUGCUCUGACCCACAAAAAUACUUUCCAGUAUCCUUCCAUCAAACUGCAGCAUCUCUGGAGGCUGCUGCUCCUGAAUCAGUUCCAUGACGUGUUGCCGGGCAGCUGUAUCCAGCUAGUGGUGGAGGAUGCCAUGAGAUACUACGCAGAAAUCCGUAGCGUGGGUGGUCUCCUCAUUGAAGAUGCUGUUCGGUCCUUGUUUGGAGAACUUUUGCCGACUGGUCCCGAGACAGCAGAAAGCCUCCUUGUUCUGAACACUUUGCCCUGGGAACGGACUGAAGUUGUCUCUAAGACUGGAGCAAAGACCUUAGCCCUGGUGAAGGUGCCUAGCAUGGGCUACUCUGCCGUGGAGGAUUCGUUAACACCCCCUCAUCCCGUGACGGUGACGAAACAGGCGGACGGCUCUGUGACCAUGGAGAACGGGGUUAUCGCGGCUCACCUGGACUCCAUGGGGCGUGUGGUGUCGCUUCGCUUAGUGCACUCGGGGAGAGAGUCAGUCCAGGAUGGUCACUGCGCUAACCAGUUUGUGAUAUUUGAUGACGUUCCCUUGUACUGGGAUGCUUGGGAUGUGAUGGAUUAUCACCUGGAAACCAGGAAGCCAAUCACAACCCUUCUGAAGCCUCUGGAGAUUGUCCUGGCUGGGGGCCUGCGAGGAAGUGUGAAAUUCUCUCUGCAGAUCAGUGAGCGGAGUGUCAUCACCCAAGAAGUCAUCCUGGAUGCCAUGUGUCCUUAUCUUCGAUUCUUGACCCAGGUUGACUGGAACGAGGCUCACCGAUUCCUGAAGGUGGAGUUCCCGUUGCGGGUUCGGAGCAUGAAUGCAACGUAUGAGAUUCAGUUUGGACACCUGCAGAGGCCGACGCAUUGGAACACGUCCUGGGACUGGGCUCGGUUCGAGGUGUGGAGUCACAAGUGGAUGGACCUGUCUGAGCACGGCUUCGGUGUGGCACUGCUGAACGACUGCAAAUACGGCGCGUCCGUGCACAAGAACGUGAUGAGCCUCUCGCUGCUGAGAGCGCCAAAGUCACCAGAUGCCACUGCAGAUAUUGGACCCCAUCAGUUCACCUAUGCCCUGAUGCCUCACAGGGGUUCCUUCCAGGAGGCGGGUGUGAUCCAUUAUGCCUACAACUUGAACUUCCCCCUGCACACCGGGCCAGCUUUGUCAGCGCAGCGCCCAGCCUGGAGUGCCUUCUCUGUGCCCUCACCAGCUGUCGUGCUGGAAACCGUCAAACAGGCUGAGGACAGGCUGGACGGGCUGUUAGUCAGGCUGUAUGAGUCACAUGGCAGCACGGUGGUCACGUGGCUCCAGACCUCCCUUCCUGUGAAGGAAGCAAUCAGCUGUGACCUCCUGGAGCGGCCAGACCUGAGCAGUCAUCUGCCACUGGAGGAGCAUGGCCUGAAGCUUUCUUUCACGCCGUUCCAAGUGCGCUCUGUCCUCUUGAUCUUGAGGCAGUAAGAGGACUACCUUGCUGGCAGCCCAGCUCCUAUCCCGGCACCAGGCAGAAAUCACUGUGCUCAGGGCGAUUCACUAGCUUCUCAAAUCAUGGACACGUCGAUUCCAGCACCACAGCUACACAAUGGGGGUAGUAAUGAGUUGCCCCUUCUCAGUGUGCGCCAAGGGGCGGUCUCAGGGCAGAGCUCAGCUGCCUCUGGGCUCAAGUCAGCACUGAUUCUGAGUGUAAAUGCCUGACUGGUGGGCUACAACCUUAGUAACGUCGGGGGGUGGGGAGAUCUUGAUUUGUGGGGGAAGAUCACAGAGCUGGUGUUGUACUGGCUUAACCCACUAGUGAACAUCCCAAAUAGAAUCCUGUCCUUUUCAGGGGAGAGGUGCUGGGGUUUGAUCCUUGAUAAUGGCAGAAUCGGUUCCUUUUUCUGCGUGCCCUACAACUCCUAACCGUCCUGUGCUUCCCUGGGUGGGGUUUUCUCCACAACACUAACAGCAAGGCGCUUUACUGUUUCUGCAGACGUGGCUUCUUUGGGCCUAGUCUUUCUGUAAAAACUGAGCAUUAAACACUGAGUCACUUGCUGAGUAAA